AUGAGGGUUUGUCUCUCUCUUUGUCUUGGCGCUGCUGCGCUGCUGCCGGCCUAUGGCCUCAAGCUCGUGGAGGACUCCAAAACCCUAAACCCUAAACCCUCGGACGAGGGUUUAGUGUUUGAGGACUCGCAGCAGCAGCUGCAGCAGGAGGCGGCAGAUGAGGCGCAAGCAGCCGCCCCAGCAGCAGCAGCAGCAGCAGCAGCAGAGGCGCAGCUCUUUGCAGAGGCAGCAGCAGCAGCAGCAGACGACGACGACGCAGCAGCAGCACAGAGCUUCGCCGACGCAGCAGCAGAAGCAGCAAACCAGGCAGCAACUCUAGCAGCAGCAGCAGCAGCAAAUGAGGAAGACGAGCAGCAGCAGCAGCAGCAGCAGGAGCCGAUUCACAUAUUUGCUCCUCGACAGUUCCGCUUCACCGACCCCGCGGGAGGGAAAGCCCUGACGGUUUACUUCCACAACACAUUCGAGCCGUUUGACUGGCUGAGCUGCUCGGCGCUGCACUCUUUGCCGAGUGUAUGCAGACAGCACCCGCGGUCUGUCGUCAUCGACGCAAUGCAAGAACUGGGAUCCGAUCCCCAGCCCUUGCUGGCUGCUCUCGAGGAGGCCGGAGCAGCAAACCCUCAAAGCAUCUGCGGACUCGUCAAAGAGCUGGCUACGGAGUUGCUGGCGACGGAGCGAAACUUGAAGCCCCUGCCGGAGGGCGCAGUGGUGGAAACCCUAAACCCUAGCGAGGGUUUGGAAGAGGGUUUGGACGAGGGAAGGGGUUCCGCAGGCAAGGGUUUGAACGCCCCGCGGCUCGUAAACCCUAAACCCCACUUGCAGAUUUACUCCAGCAGCGCCAAGCCCGCAACAGGAACAGCUCCGGGAACCGAGCCAAGAAUUCGCAUAGGCAUUAAUGGCUUUGGGCGAAUUGGGAGAUUGGUGUUUAGAAUUGCAAGCAAAAGAAAAGACAUGGCAGUGACGCACAUAAACUCGAGUUUGUCUGCGGAGUACUUGGCCUACUUGAUAAAGCACGACUCCGUGCACGGGCGCUUCAAAGGCCAAGUGGAAUCAAGAGAUGGAAAGUUAUUUUUUGAAAAUAAUGAAAUAAAGCUUUCCAAAGAAAGAGACCCUUCGAGCAUCAGGUGGACAGACACCGGAGCGGACUUUGUCUGCGAAAGCACGGGCGCCUUCUGCACCUUCGAUCUCGCCAGCAAGCACGUCAACAGGCCUGAGGGGGCGCGUCACGUGGUGAUAUCUGCGCCGGCGAAGGACGAAGUGACCCCGACUUUGGUGGUGGGGGUGAACGCGGAAACAGAAUAUUCUCCGGAGAUGAAAGUUGUGUCUUGUGCUUCUUGCACGACAAAUGGAUUAGCUCCUCUUUUGAAAGUGUUGGACGAGAACUUCGGGAUAGAAGAGGGUUUAAUGACGACAGUGCAUGCAGUCACGAGUUCGCAGAAGACGGUGGACGCGGCGAGCAGCGGCAGCAGCAAGGCCCGCAGCAGCAGCAGCAGCAGCAGCAGCAACGCGUGGCGCAGCAACCGCGCAGCAGGCGGCAACAUCAUUCCCGCUGCCACGGGAGCAGCAAAAGCUGUCGCCAGGUGCCUCCCGCAGCUCAAGGGGAAGAUCACGGGGAUGGCAGUUCGAGUGCCAACUCUGGAUGUGUCUUUGAUUGACUUGACCUGCAGACUGCAGCGCAGCAGCAGCUACAGCGAGCUGCUGCAGGUGGUCAAAGCUGCUGCUGCUGCGGGGCCCCUCAGGGGCCUCCUGGGCUACACGGAGCAGCCCGUGGUGUCCUCGGAUAUACUGGGCACUGAGUGCAGCACUGUCUUCGACGCAAACGCGGGAAUUAUGCUAAACCCUAAUUUUGUGAAACUCAUUUCUUGGUACGACAAUGAAGCUUCUUAUGCUGCCAGACUCGUCGAUUUAAUUGCAAUUAUGGCCGCCAAGGACGGCCUCGUCGAGCCGGGAGUCGGCCUGAAUCGCAAGACUUUCGACGAGGAGUGA